CGCGGCGCGCCGGCUCUUUUUCCGCCGUCUCGCUGUGUCACUGUUCCGCGCUCUCUCCCUUCGGCAGCCUAAGUUCAGUUGCCCGCUCCUGCUUUAGUCGCUGCCGGCCGGGCCCGAUGGAGUACCUCAUCGGCAUUCAAGGGCCCGACUUCGUGCUGGUGGCCGCCGACACCAUCGCCGCCUCCAGCGUCGUCCAGAUGAAGCGCGGUCAGUCCCUGGGAAGCGGGGGGUGGGGUGGAGAAAAGUGAGGGCAGGGGCCUGUCAGAGCGGGCGGGGGGCGGUCAGCGGGCCGAGCGCUUGCUUCGCACGCGUAGUGUUGGUGAGAUCUAUCCCUGGCGUCUCCGCUUCUUCGAAAACGAAACUGAAUCCAGGCUAAGUUAGUCUCAUUCGAGUUCCCGUUGGUGGAAUCGGUGGGAUUUGGCCUAGUAGUAGUUACCUUUCCACGCAGGACCUGCAUUCCAACCCGGUAGUUAUACAGUGGUACCUCAGGUUACAUACGCUUCAGGUUACAGGCUCCGCUAACCCAGAAAUAGUACCUCGGAUUAAGAACUUUGCUUCAGGUUGAGAACAGAAAUCGUGCUCCGGCAGCGCAGCAGCAGCAGGAGGCCCCAUUAGCUAAAGUGGUGCUUCAGGUUAAGAACAGUUUCAGGUUAAGAACGGACCUCCGGAACAAAUUAAGUACUUAACCCGAGGUACCACUGUAUUUCGGUUUCCUUCGCCAUAAGGCCCCAAGGUGGGCUACAGCAUUGCAAAUAGUUUGAAACAGAUGAUAGUUGCAAUAAUAUGGUGGGCACCCCAAGGUGAAGAGGUGCGGCUUCUCGAACGCUGUGUAAUGAAGAUCCCAGGCGCACUUCGGUGUGGAGAUGAUUCCACAACUUAGGGGAGGGAGUGCAGUUCAGUACCAGAGCACGUGCUUUCUGUGCAGGGAGCAUGGCUGUCAACGUUUCCUUUUUUUAAAGGGAAAUUCCCUUAUUCUGAAUAGGAUUCCUCGCAAGAAAAGGGAGAAGUUGACAGCUAUGGCAGGGAGUACCAGGUUCGGUUUUUGCAAUCUUCACUUUAAGGAGAAGGGUGAUACAAAAACAUCUCCGCAGAAUAUAGAUGGGUAUGCAGGAGGGGUCUUGGAAAUCCCGGAAAGUCACAACUGGUCAUAGUUGUGGUUGUGGGUCUAGGUAUAAAGCAGCUCCUUUUCUUCCUGUAUUAUUUCAUGGGAAUGGGCAUAGCUCAGUGGAAGAGCACAUGCUUUGCAUGCAGAAGAUCUGAGAUUCAAUAUUCAGUUAAAAGGUCUAUGUAGCAGGUGAUGGGAAAGUUCCUUUAUCUUGGAGAGCUCCUGUCAGACAGUACUGAGCUAGAAAGGCAACUUGGCUGAUCUUGCUUCCUAUAUUCCUAGCAGUUAGAUUGGGAUGGACUUCCAGGAUCCACUUUUUCCCCCACCAGCCAUAAGCUUGUGCAAAAGACAUGCAAGGGCUUUAACGCAGUGACAGAGGAUGGGCUCUGCAUGUAGAAGUUUGCAGGUUCCGUCUCAUACCCUAGUGAGCUCCUGGUAGAAAGUGCUGGGUCAGAUGGCCCAAUGGUCCAGCUCGGCGCAAGGCAGCUUCCUAUAUUUCCACUUAAAAUGAAUGGAUUAUGAGAUGAAGAAUAUUUGUUGAGCACCAGAGUUGAGCUGUCUUGGCACAGAAAAAUCCACUUACGCCAAACUUUAACUGCAUCGUACAACAUGAGAUCCAUUUCUUAUUUAAAUGCCCAUAGGCUGUCCAUGUCCAAAGUGGGGUUAAGUGGGCUCUGUUAAUUUGAACUGUUGGAUAGAAGUGUUGAUGGAACAGUUUGUAAUGGUGAGGAUGAGCAAACAUGCAUUUAUCAGAAUUCCUUCUUCUUCACAACUAUUAAAAGACGUAGGAGCCAUGACCUCCUUUGCAUUUGGUUGUUCUCUUUCUAUAAACGAGCCCUGAAUAAAAUAGAAAACAGAAGUGAUGAAAUUGCUGUAUAUCAUAUUCAAUUAAAGCUAGUGAUAUAGGGUAGAAAAAAUUCUAAUGCCUUAUUUUCCUGUAUAUUUUAUUUAGAAAUGCAUAGUUUCAUAAAAUGAGAGGCCAAAUGCCUGGCCUGCAGUGGCAGGGCUUGAUGGAGUGGGAUGGCCACCACUACUAUAUCCACAGUCCUGGUGUGCAUGUUGAAAGGGGAGAGGGCAUUAAAAAUGCCUCUUCUCUGUACCAGCUCCAAGGCUCGUGCAAGAAAGAAGCUCAGCAGCUCAGGAUCCAGCUAUUUCUAUGCCAUUUUGGGGGUGUCCACUGACUACAGCUGCUUCACCAGGUGCACUGUGGUGCUUCUCAUCAGCAGGGCAGCAGAGUGGAGGCCAGCAAGGCUGGGCAGAGGGACACUGUCUCAUUCAAACCUCCCGCGCAUGACAGAUCAGGGGUUUAGAUUGCUCUGUCCGUCUGCAGUGUAAUUAAUGUGAUGCAAGUUAAAUUGAGCAACUGGAAUGAAUACAAUACUACGUGCAGCAAUUCAAGUGUGGUAAAAUAUGUAUGCUAAUAGCUUGUAGGACUUUCAUUUCCCUCACCCCAAAGUUUAAAUAAUGUAAGGGGAGCGUGUGCUAUUGAGUUGCCGUUCCAAGUAAAGUCUUCAAUUUGUUUUAAUGCACCAUUUUAAACUGUACUAAGUGCACUUUAUCAUUUUUUCCAUAUUAUUUCAGUACUUCCAGCUACAUUUAGCUAUUGGAAAAACUUUUUUUGAGAGUUAUAUAGCAUAUAAAACUAAUGUAACAUACUACUUACAAUCAGAGCACCACACUUUUAUGGCAAUUGGUGUGUGUUUUUUAAUUUAUUGAUUAUUGGAAAACUCAUCACUUGUAAGUCUCAACCCAAAAGUUGGAUACCAGUGCUCUAGGUCAACUCCCAUCAGCCCCAGCCAGCAUGGCCAAUGGUUAGAGAUGAUAAGUCCAGCAACAUCUUGAGUUUUGCAGUUUCCCAUUCUUCUAUAGAUUACAUUUAUUGUUGCAGGUGGAACCUGCCACCAAAUGUUGCAUUGUGUAGUGCUUCUUUUCAAUAUUUCAGCUUCCCAUAUAAAGUACUACAAAACUUUCCCGCUUGUUUUCAAUUACUGUAUACCCCCAUUCUAAAAAACCCCCAACCCUGUCAGCCAGCAUUCAGUGGCCACUGAGCAUGCUCAGAAGUCAAGGGUUUUUUCAGGAGGUCCACCCUCCUUGGACUCAGGGAAUUUCGAAUGCUGGAGUGAUUUGUUUGUACCUCAGUAGCCCGAUGGGCAACAUUCCUUGUUAGUGCAUUAUGCAGGGCAGCCUUUGCCAACCCGGCGCUCUUCAGAUGUGUUGAACCUCAACUCCCAUCAGGCCAGCUGUACUGGCUGAGGCUGAUGGGGCUUAUAGCCCAACACAUCUGGAGGGCACCACAUUGAGCCUUUUGCUUUUGAGAACUGGUGACAAAGACUCUCUUGGCAUUUUGUUAGCUUUCCCAUUCAGAUCCCAGGAAAAAUCUCUCUCUCUCUCUCUCUCUGUGUGUGUGUGUGUGUGUUUAAAUUAUUUUAACAGCUGCAAAAUACUCUGCUAAUCCUGUUAAAGGAUGGAACGUAUCAGAAACUCUUAAACAUGUCCUCCAGGGAAGAUUAUUCAGCAGUAAACAGCAAAUGAUGGAGAGGUUCUGAUACGGAGAUUUAGACUGUUCUGUGGAGGGGAUCCUAAAUACAUAGAAUGUUGCUUUUCCCAAAGACACAAGGGGCUUCUGGGAAAUGAAUUUAAUACAUUUAUCUAUCAUCUAGUUAAUGCAGGCUGAGGAUAAGAUGAGAUUGCAGAACCAUUAGUGGCAUAUGAAAGCAUUCUUCCUCUGAUUGGUUGUAGUAAUAGUAAAGUCUUUUUCUUUUUAAAAAACCACUUAUUUUUCCAAAAUUUUAUUUCCAGAGGAAAAUGCAUCUUAGUGAUUUUCAUGACUUUCUACCCCUCUCCCUCCCCAUGACUUUCAGCACUUCCUAAACUCUACUACUGCUUUCAGACUUCUUUUCCUUAUCGUUUUUUUACUGCUGCCAACGAAUUAAUCAUCUGUCUGUCACUGAUUGAUCUAGUAAUUGUAAACAUUUAUAUUAUGAAAAUGUUGGGUUGGAUGGCUGUUUAAAGAUAAAAAAAACUUAUUUAAGUUCUUCAGAUCUGAUUCUGUAAUUAAUCCACAAGUGUGCAAGUCUUGUUUAUUCAAUAAGUUACUAAUGUUUUAACUUUGCCCAUGCAGGGGAAAAUAGCCCUCUGCUCAUUUUGCUCUCACUCUGUCUCUCAAAAUGAAACACUUCACUGUAGCUUGUCCUUAUUUCUGACUGGUGUGUUUUUCCUCCAUCCUCUUGAUUUAGAUCAUGACAAGAUGUUCAAGAUGAGUGAGAAAAUCUUGCUUCUAUGUGUUGGGGAGGCUGGGGACACUGUCCAGUUUGCAGAGUAUAUCCAGAAAAAUGUCCAGCUCUACAAGAUGAGGAAUGGUGAGUACUGUGUGGUGCUGUGCCACUGAACGUAUAGAGUAGAAUAAAUAAGUCUAGGAUUCUGCAUUGGUAAGCUGUAUGCUUUCUAAACACUUCAGACAAAACCCACAAGACUUAUGAUUAUGUUAGAUCCAGGCUGAUAACUCUCUCUCACCCCAGAUUUGGCAUGCACCUUGAUUUGGCUCAGUUGCAGAGAAUGGAUCUGUGCCCCCUCCCCGCCAUGUCUCAAAUCUGUCACUCUAGCAGUCUUCUUUCCCCACUUCUCAUGAAUGACACUGCUGAGAGUCUAUAGAGCACUUCUGCCAACUUGGGGGGAAAUUUACAUGCUUGCAGUUCUUUUCGACUCUUAAGAGUCAGUCUGCACAUCCGGAACAGUAGCAUAACUGGGGUGUUUUACGUCAAGGUCAAGGUUUGGGGUGGGCUCCCAUAGUUAAUUUCCCCCAUCUGUAUUCAAAGAGCAAGCAGACUCUCUGUCCUUAGGAGACUAGUACUUCAAGAAUAGGAAAGUAGGAUAAAUACACACAUUUUCUAAGUGGAGGGAGUUUUUUUACUUGAGUCAUUCAAAAUAUUGAUUUCCUAUCCACCCACCCACAGUUUGGGGAGGGAGAGUCCUAAAAGAGUGUUACUAGAUAAUUCUUCAUCCUUGGAUUAACUCAUGUCUUCCAAACACCCUUGGUGCCCAUGUUCCCUCACUUCUACCUAUGUGAUCACAGACCUUGUAAUCAACUACAAUUGCACAAAAGCAGAAUUUGCCAUUACAUAAUUCAAUUUCACCUGAAACCAGCAACUGUCUAGAAGUUGCUGCAUGCAAACUGUGAUUCCAGCAUUGGACUAGAUGGCCCUUUGGGUCCCUUCUAUCUACAAUUCUAGCUGUUCUCUCCCUCCAUAGACCUGGAAAGGAAGUAACAUUAGAUGCCCAGGUGACAAGGCUGCUGACAUUCUCUGCCCCAACUCAUCUGUUGAGGAAUGCUUCUGGUCCUGACUGCAAGAGGUUGGAGUAUCAUUGCUCCACUUGUAGUAUUUGUUCAAUGAUUUUUUUUAAAACAAAUACUGUUCUUUUCUUUGCAAACCAGCUGAAGAUGUUGCUGUACAUAGGUUAGGUAUUCUCCUAGAAUGAAUUUCCACUCACCUUCUGUUUGUUAGCAGCCUUGUACCUGGCGCUUAGGAAUUCCAAGAAAUAAAAAUAUCAGUGCAGCUUUGAAAUCAGCAGUUAAAAUCAGUGUAGUUUUGAAAAGUUCAGUUUGCCAUCUUGAUUCAAAAUGUCUUCCACUUGCAUCCAAACAGCUGAAAGCCUCUGUGAUAUCUCAAGAGGUGUCCAAAUGAACAGCAAACAAAUUGCCAAAAUAUAUAGUAGAUGAUUAUUUCCUUUUCUUAACAGGGUAUGAAUUGUCUCCGACUGCAGCUGCCAAUUUCACACGCCGAAAUCUGGCUGACUAUCUGCGGAGUAGGGUAAGUAAGGCAGCUUUCAGAAGUUGUGCUUUCUCUCUGUUCAGGAGGUCCCCUUGACCUUUCAGUGUGCGAUGGGUCAUGGGGGCUUCUGGAAGGGGGGAGAAUCAUCUACAACAAGGUUGGGUAGCACUCCUCUCCACCAGCAGUCCCUGCCCCAUGUUCAGAGUAGUGAAGGGGAGAGCAGGAGAUUGGGAGUUUUCCUUCUGCAAACAAACAUGGAUACAUAUGCUGUAAUGUUAUUGUUUUAGUUAAAUAAACUGUUUAAAUUGUUAUUAAGGAAAUGAUAAUUUUUCUCCUUCCAAUAAAGUACAGCAGAAAAGUUGUCCAAAUAUAAACAGUUAAUUUACUAAACCUCACAAUAAUUUCAUAAUUAUCUGUUAAUGUACCGUAGAUUCCGGUGUAUAAGGCGACUUUUGAACCCCGGAAAAUCUUCUCCAAAGUCGGGGGUCGCCUUAUACACCGGGUAUGGGUGGCGCGGAGCAGAGCCCGACCCCCGCUGUGGUGGCGGGCAGCGGGCUUGGCUCCAUGCCGGGUGGCUUUCUCCUGGUGCGGAGCUGAGCCCGCCCCCUGUUGCUGCCCAGCGUAUUGGGCAACUGGACUUAUAAGACGAAUCCUCAAAUUGCAGCUGCCAGUUGGGGGGGGGUCUCCUAAUCCAGUCAGUCGCCUAAUACGCCGGAAUCUACGGUAUUUCUAAUAGUAUAACCAAAUCAGUAAUUUUUGCUAUAACUGUAAAAACUACUCUGAAAAUUUAUUAUUCCAAAAAUGAAACCUUCAUCUGGUUGUAAAUAUUAAGAUUAUACCAGCAAGAAUGAGUCUUCAUAUAUAUAUAUAUAUGAUUUAAAUCAAGUCUUACUGACUAGUGAUUUAAAUCAAAUCCACCCUGUCAGCUAUGCAGUGGGACCACUCUGCCAAAUGUACAGGAGCUUGCAUGUUGGCUUUCCCUUACAGACAAUGGCACAUAGUACUUACAGUUGCUCUAGGAAAAGCAGGUUCAAAGUUGGGAGCCAAUCUAAUAGCACGGCUCUGAACCUGCCACUGCCAUACAGGCAAUGAACCAGGGAAUAAGGCGAAUAUAAUCAGGAUAUUUGAAUGUGUGUGUGUGUGUGUGUGUGUGUGUAUAUAUAUAUAUUUUUUGAGUGCUGCGUUUACCUUUUAGUGAAGGUGGCAGUUGGGAACGGGUAGCAGGCAUUGCUGAGUCUGUGUUGCUUCACAGGGAUGUGAAAGCAUGUGCCAUUUCAAAUGGUUCUUAAAUGGUUACGGUACUGAGUGAUAUAUUUUAACUGAAAAUAGCCUUUCUCCUCAUUUAUGUGCUGUCACCCACUUUUUAACCAAAUAUGCAUUUGGGGAUCCAUAUUUUAAUCCUUUGCCUUUUAUAUGCAUGGUGGUAGUGGUCCUGUUGUGACCCACCUUGGAUCAGGCCUCAACUCAACCUGCCAGCUGAAGACCAGUGUGCUACAUAUUUGCAAACACAAGUGCCAAAAUGUUUAUUUGGUGUCAUAUGUGAAAGCUUCCCAAAGGGAGGCUGCUUGGACCCCCAUCACUAAACUAAACUAAAUUUGAAACCCUGUGCCAAGGGUAAUAGAGGAAGGGCUGUACCCCAGAGUUUACAUGAAACUGCAUUAUACUUAGUAUUUAUACAAUGUGUUUAAUUGUCAAAGCUCUUAACAUGCAGUGGGCUACAUCCAAAUGUCUCAACAAGCCAUGCUCCAAACAAGGGAAACUUGAUUUGUUCCUAACUAUGAACAGAAACUUGUACUUUCCUUCCCUUGUGCUCAGUUUGUUGUGACAUCUGAACGCAGCUGCUUUGUAUCUAUAUUACAUUUGAAUUGAUUUUAUGUGUGUGCUGCUGUUGUUUUAAACUGUUUUAUAUAUGCAGUGUUUAAAACUGUUUAUAUAUGCAACCUUCUUACACUGUUGUAUUGUAAUAGUAUAGGACACAAUUCAUAAAUGAAAUUAAUCAUCAUCAUCAUCACCACCUUGUACAUUUUCACAACAGCCCUGUAAGGUAGGACAGUAGUAUACUCAUAAUGCAGAUGCGAUGUUCAGGCAGUGGUUAUCUUAAGCCUGCCUAGUGAAAUGAUAGCAGUGGUAUGAUUCAGACCUUCCUGACUUGUAGCUACUACUCUACACCUGCUGUGAGCCAAUGAGCAUUAAGGUUAAUCAGGCCUCCACAGAAAAGCAAAGAAAUCAUUCCUGUUUUCCUUUUUUCUUCUGUUGCAUCUCUUUAUCAUUGCAGUAUUUCUUCUCCAGGUCUUUCUGAUAUGACAUUUGUUCUUUGCUUUAAAAAAAGUAAAAUUGCAGGCAUGUGCCUACUCAUGACUGAGUGCUGCAGGGCAGAACGCACCACAUAAAAAUGGAGAUUGCAUGUGACCAGCCUCUUCUUUAGAAACAGACAGCUGCUUUUUUCACCAUGGUUGUUGUUGGGGUAGCAGCAAGCAGUUAAUAACUGAGUGUUCUGCAAACUGGGUUUGGUAUCUUUUUGCUAUGGGGCAAAGGCAUUUCACAAAAAGGUGCCUUGCAAGAGCUGAAACCAUAUUUGUGACCGUAGAAACAUGCAGAUAACAGAAUUACAUCUACCAUGAACAUUAUUUAUUCAACAAAAUUUAUAUAUCACUUGAAAAAAACUUUAAAAUAUAUAAAAUAAAAUAUUAAAACUCUUGAUAAAAUACAGUUAAAAACAGGUAUUUUAAAACAUCUGAAAGAGUUUUAGAAUCAACAGUAGCUAAAAACCCAGUCAGCUAGGUGGGGUACAAAUAAAAUUAUUGUUGUUGUUAAAAAAUAAGGUAGGUGUACUACUAUUUGUCAGUAUGGACUUGCUUAAACAGGUGCCAAAAAGAAUACAGCGAAGGCAGAGAGUUCCAAAGUGUAGGUGCUGCCAUGAGAAAAGAUUUAUUUCUUAUUGCGGUGUGAGCAUUUCCUGGAACUGUAACAGUGCCACUUCCACAGAUGACAGUGGUCUAGUGGGCACAAAUGGGGUAAGGUAAUCUGCAAGUACAGUGGUACCUCGGGUUAAGAACUUAAUUCAUUCUGGAGGUCCGUUCUUAACCUGAAACUGUUCUUAACCUGAGGUACCACUUUAGCUAAUGGGGCCUGCCGCCGCCACACAAUUUCUGUUCUCAUCCUGAAGCAAAGUUCUUAACCCAGGGUAUAUUUCUGGGUUAGCGCAGUCUGUAACCUGAAGCGUCUGUAACCCGAGAUACCACUGUAAACUGGUUCUAAGCUGUUAAGGGCUUUAUAUAUUAAUUGUAACAGCUUGAUCGUCAACUAGUAAGUAGGAACACUGUUGCUGGAUCUGACUGUGCUUAUUCCAGCAUUUUGUUCUAACUGCAACCAUCCAUAUACCACUUGAUGUCUGGAUACUCACAAGUGAGGCAGACACCUUUGCCUGUGCUUAUUCCAGAUAUUGCACCAAAUCUGAAAGUACAUUUUCACGGAAGUCUGAACUCAGACUUGAGAGAGAGAGAACGCCUUUCAGUGACAAAAUAUAUUAGUAGGAAGAUUGUUGAGACUUCCUGAAUUGAAUUUUGGGGAAAUGUGUGACUUAGUGCAGUAGACAUCUUCAAAAGUAAAAUUGGCUUACUGUACUUACUGUAACUUCAGUGGGUUGUGGAUUUCCCACUCAUUUUAAUUAAUGGGCCUGAAUUACCCAUGUCCAUUAAUUUCAAUGGAUCUGCUCCAAGUAGGACUAACAUUGGCUACAUACAGCCCAAUGUGCCUGAGAUCCCUUGAUUUCAUUCCGCAGUUAAGAGGCUUUAUAGCACCUGGAUGCUAUUGCUUUAGCUGGGGUGUUCUCAGUGUUAACUAUAGAAUGGCAUGAAUGUUCAGAACCUUCCCUUUCAGAACUUGGGACUCAGAUGCUGGAUCAGACUAAGUAUUAUACCAUAAGGCUUAUAGGCAAACUCCUGGGGGCUGCAUACCAUUGGCGGGCAGAGCCAGAGGCAAAAGUGGGUAGAGCAAUAAAUGUUGCUGUUAUCUUUGUUCGUUCAGUAGGCGAUGUUCAGGCAUGUCGAAAUCAGUUUCUACAUGUACAAACACCCCAUGCAAGGCUCCACCUUCCAUCCUGACAAGCAAGAGCCUUGGCCCAGAUUGAGUUGCAGAGAUUGAUAGACUAUAACAAAAUACUGGUUAAUAGGCCAGGUCUGCACCAUUUGUAAUCUAGUGAGCCAAAUGUAACACACACGCAUAAAUUAAGAAUUGUCUCCUGCCAAGUGCCUUCCCAUCCUCCAGUCCUACUUAAGAAGCAAACUCCAGGAGUCUUACUGCAUUUGGCUUUGAGAAUUGCAAGUUGGACAGACUUGUGAUAGGCAGUUCUUUGCAACGGUCGUGGUGUUAACUUUUUCAGUUUCCAGAGUGAAGAAUUGUUUUUCUCUCAAGCAGCCACAGACAGCAGAAAGGAAUUAAGCCCUUUAAAAAAACAACCUACUGAUAAGGACUUCACUUCUCAUGCAAAUGCGCAGAUUCUGUUUAAAUUGUUUUGAGAGGAAGAUUAAUGGAGCAAAGCUGUUUGAUGUGCUGAGCCAAACAAGUGCUUUUUGUCAAAACUGAACAUGAAGCUUUGAGUAAAUAUCAUAUGAAGCUGAACUGUGUGCGCACAUGUGCGCAUUCUCUCUCUCUCCCUCUCCCCCUAAUUCCAUUACUGAGCUUUUCAUGGUCCUUUUGCAAGAAACUCCUUCCUCAGCUGUCUUUUCCAGCACAGGAACAUGAACGCAGUUCCCUCCUCCUAUCGCUUCUGCUUGUUAUCUCCUUCAUCUGUUUCCUGGCCAUCAAAUGGCACCCGAUGCAUCGCAUCUCUAAAAGAAAAGAAAACAUGUUGCUAUCCUAAUGCCAUUAUACCAAUCUAUGGUGCAGAUGCAGUUGGAAUACUGUGUACAAUUCUGGUCUGACCUGAAAAGGGAUAUUGUAGAGUUGGAAAGGGUUCAGUAAAAGGAGAACCAGAAUGAUGAUGGGGAUGGAGGAAAGGUUGCAGCAUUGGGGGCUUUUUAGUUUAGAGAAAAGGCUACGAAGAGGGGACAUGAUGGAAAAGACUAUUCAUGAUAUGGAGAAAGUAGGCAGACCACUAGAACUCAUGGACUCCCGAUGAAGCUGAACGUUGAAAGGUUCAUGAAAGACAGAAGAUACGGUUCAUAGUUAAACUAUGGAAUUCACUCCUACAAGAGGUAAUGAUGGCCACCAACUUGGGCGGCUUUAAAAGAGGACUAGAAAAUUCAUGGAGGAGAAGGCUAUCAAUAGCUACUAGCCUGGACAGCUAUGUUAUUCCUCGGUGUACACCUCUAAAUACCAUUUGCUGGAAACGGCAGGAGGACAACAUGUUCUUGAUUUCAGGUUCUGCUCAUGGGCUUCGCAGAGGCAUCUGGUUGGCCACUGUGAGAACAGGAUGCUGGGCUAGAUGGACCACUGAAAUGAUCCAGCAGGCUUUUCUUACAUUCUUGGGGCCCUGGUGGGACACCUUGUCAAUUGGUUGUAUAAUAUUGUGACUAUGGUGAGAUAUUCUUAUAUGGGAGGCAGCCUUUUCUUGUGUCUCUACUCACAAAGGAAACAGUGGGGCCUUCUUGCUUCCCAGCACUCCAGGCUCCUGGGCACUGCCCUGAACCCUCGCCUGACUCAUACCACCUGGGGAAACCAUGGUCUGUCUGUCUGCACUGUGUCAGGAUCAUGCACUUUCUUGAGUUUAGGCCAACCAAGUUAGAACUCCAUUUCUGGUUUUGAGAUAGCUUGCUCAAACCUGGGGGGCAAGUGGAGUGCAUGUAGUGAGAAGGGAGCAUGUGACUGCCAUUCCAUGGCUUUGCUAGUAUGUCAGAACUGGGCCUGGGGGUGGCUGCAACUUUCACUACUGCCUCCCUUCAAUUAGAUGUGUUGUUUUGGGGGUUCUCAAUAAAAGCCCCCAAAGCCACUCUGUCUCUUGAAAAUUGUUGAUGUGUGUUUAAAUGUACAUAGCAUUGCUGGAUGUAUAUGAUGGUUUAUAAUAGUGUUUUAUUUCAUUGUUUAAUCACGAUUUUUGUCCAUUGUAUACAUCUUCCAGUGUUGUACUUCUAUAUAGAUCUUUCUGUCUGUGUUAUAGUUUUACAAGGUUAAUACUUGAAUUAAUGCAUGACUUUUAUUUUGACGGUAUUUGGCUGGUCAACUGGCUAGUCUUUCUCCCAUCCUUCCCCACCAUCCUGGGCAACCUCCUGGCUCUUGAAUGAGCAGCUAACCCUGGUUGACAUGGUGUGAUAUUGUCUGCACCAGUAUGUAGAAAACCAAGUUGCAAAAUAAUAGCAUAUUUGGAUAUUGAGUACAGCAGGUUAAAAUAGGGAAUGCUUUUUGGGCCAGUUCCCGUGUGUGUGUGUGUGUGUGUGUGUGUACACACAUGUACGUACGUACACACACACACACACACACACACACACACACAGUGGUACCUCAGGUUACAAAUGCUUCGGGUUACAAACUCCACUACCCCGGAAGUAGUGCCUCAGGUUGAGAACUUUGCCCCAGGAUGAGAACGGAAAUCACGUAGCGGCAGGAGGCCCAUUAGCGAAAACAUGCCUCAGGUUAACAACUGGUUCGGAUUAAGAAUGGACCUCCUGAACGAAUUAAGUUUGUAACCGAGGUACCACUGUAUAUGGAUUUCUAGUUUUCCCUUACCAGCCUGUAGGGGACUCCUUGAGAGAAAGAAACAUACACCACAAUUACUGGGUUUUCUUUCCCAAACUGUCCUGGUUACUGAGUGUUCCCUUCUUGCAUUGCUCUGCAAGGUCAUGUGACCUUUGGAACAGAUGGCCCAGGUGACACUGGCUUGGAGCAUCCUCACUAACGAGGGCAAUUUAACAUGCCACUUGGCGAAGAGGGGGUAGCAGGAUGCGACAGGGCGGGACUCUGCCUCCUUCCUCUGCGUGCCAGGUCCCUUGAGGCCUGAUCCUGCCUGUUCCUCUCCCUCCGUGCCCACGCUUGCCUCCCAGCUUACCUGCUCCAGAUGGGCCACACAGCAGGGAGGACACUGGCAGAAGCAGAUGUGUUUAUUUACCGGAGAUGAAAUGUUGCGCUCUUGCAGAUGGCAGUGCCUUCCAGCAAACAGUGCACUUUGACACCGCGGUUGUGCCACUUCGGGCAGGGGGGUAAGGGGGGGUUGGGUGACUCCUUGCUUUCUGAAUUAUUUCCCUACCCUUCUUUUGCAUGAAAGGCAAACAGUCUUACAAUGGGACUCUGCAGCUCUUGGCAUCAGAGCGAGCAUCUCCUGGUCACUUUGAGGAACAUGCUUUCAUUUCUGGGCUGCUUUUCUUAUUCUGUUCUUUCAGUAUGGGGUGGCAAACAGUUUUUGUAGCCAUUUCCUCUUGUACUUUAGGAAGUGCUUGCUUGUUUGCUUGCUUGCUUGCUUGCUUCCAUCUUAUCACCUCUACACGCAGAGGGCCUUCUCGGUAGCGGCGCCUGCCCAGUGGAAUGCCCUCCCAUCAGAUGUCAAAGAAAUAAACAACUAUCUGACUUUUAGAAGACCUCUGAAGGCAACCCUGUUUAGGGAAGUUUUUAAUGUUUGGUGGUUUAUUGUGCUUUUAAUUCUGUUGGGAGCUGCCUAGAGUGGCUGGGGAAACCCAGUCAGAUGGGCGGGGUAAUAAUAAUAAUACAUUAUACAGCAGUUGCAGAUGGAUAAAACAAAGUUUUAAUCAAACAAAUAUGGCCCCCCCAGCAGAAAAUUGCUGCAAGAAAGGCUAUUCCGACUAAACAUUCCGAAAGUAAGAGCUGUUCAACAAUGGAACAGAUUCCCACAAGAGGUGGUGGACUCUCCUUCCUUAGAGGUUUUAAGCAGAGGUUGGAUGGCAGCCUGUCACGUAUGAUCUAGUUGUGAUUCCUGCAUUACAGGGGAUUGGACUAGAUGACCCUCGGGGUCCCUUCCAUCUCUACAAUUCUUGAGCCAAAUAAUCAUAUAGUGACGGUGUGUGCCAAAAAGCUCUCUGAAACAACAGUGUCUGUGAAAGGUUUGUAUAAACGCUGUUAUAAUGUGCACACACACACAGAGUGUGCACACAUCUGACUCUAGGAUGAAAGAGCAGUGGCUAGUGUUCUGGGUGGGCAGGCCUAUUCCAUCCAGUGGCGUUGCUGGCUCUGCUAGCUGCCAUGGAUCAAUGGCACCAUGUUCUCCCCUUCCCCCCUUUUUCCUGCUGCUGUCCAGACCCCUCUCUAAUCGUGUGACUCUAAUCAGAAGACAUUUUAAAAUGGGCUCACAAACGUUUGCCCUAAGGGCUCAGCAGUCAGAAGGGCAAUGUCCUAUUUUCUCCCUUUGUGCACAAGUCGAAAGAGAUGGGCCCCACAAGAUAUGGGGUCUCUGAUGACGUGGGGCUGUAUAAACCCUAGCAGUGUUUGCCUCUUGGGGAGGGGGAGGCACAUGUUACGCUUCCAAUUCCUGCAGGCAUAAAACCACCAAAUUUGGGGGCUGGGUUAGAAUUUGUCUCCUAGGUUGGGCUCAGUUGAUCGCUCCUUUAAAAAACACACACUAAUAUUUAAAAAUAUGAACACAGCUGCUUUUGUUCUGUGAAACCUGGAGCCAUUUUGGCCCUGCAGGGUUGAGUUUGCCAAGAAGCAAAGCUGCACGCAGAGCUUGGGAAAUGGGGAGGGGCAGCAGCUCAGUGGUAAAAUGGCUGCUUUGCCGGCAGGCGUCCCAGGAUCAGGUAUGACUAGAAGGACUCCUGUUUGAAACCCUGAAGAACUGCUGUCUUUCAGUGCAGAUGGAGAAGGGUGGGGAAACGUGGAGCCCUCCAGAUGUUGGAUUUCAAUGCCUGUCGGCCCCGAGAGCAUGAUGGGAGUUGUAGUCCAGCAACAUCUGGAGGACCACAGAUUCCCCACCCUUGAUUGUAGACCAGUGGUUCUCAAACCUUUUUCUCUGGGCCACACUUUCAGAAUAAAAAUUUGCUUAUGCCACACCAAUUCUUUUAAUUGGUAAGAAAUACAUUGGAAAACAGAAAUAAACAACAACUAGCAGUGCUUGAUUUAUAACAUAGAACACAUCUACUAUGAGGAAGAUUGUCUGGUAGCUUCAUUAUAAAUCUUUGGGUGCCAGGCAAAAACAUUCCUCUUCAACCAGACCUUUGGCUGAUUAACAUUCUAUAGCUUUUUAAAUGUGUUUGUGAGGGGGGUUAUUAUUUUGUUGUUUCUGUUUUAACAAUUUGCGCUUUUACCUUGUUUAUUUGUGCUUUUUACCUUGUAUUUUUAUCUUGUGGACCUCCCUGAGAUCUUGUGAUGAAGACUGAUAUAUAAAUCAAAUACUUUAUAAUAUGCUCACUGGACACCCAGAAGGUAUAAAGCAAAGCAGUUACAUGCAAACAUGAAUUGUUCCCAAAAUAUUCAUAUUCUGCAAAUAUAUAUAUAGAUACUAUCCUAUCCUAUCCUAUACUAUACUAUACUACACUGAAAUGUUUAAAUGUUUCUUUGACUGUCCUUGAAUCUUCUUGCCACACUUGCCAUCCUCUCCUACCUCACCAUUGUAGUGUGCCACACCCUUUGAGAACCACCGAUGUAGACAAUACUGAGCCUAGGAUUAAUGAUAUGACUCUGUGUGGCAGUUUCUCAUGUUCCUGCUGCUGAAUAAUAUGAAGCUGUUGAAUAGAACAUUAAGCUUUGGGAGUAGGAGCCUAUUUAAAAAAACCACCACCGCCUGACCAAGGCUGCACUGUGAUGAGCCUGCCAUUAUAACACAACCCACAGUGCUGCUGGGUCCUGUGGUUGUGUUACUGCACUGUGAAUAUGACAUCGGCUGCCCAUGGUUUGGAUGGGGCAAACAGGUGUUUGGGAGAACCCAUUUGGGAAAAGUUUGAGGUGCCCUUAAACUUGGACUUAAUGGUCUUAUGGGGGCCUCCCUCUUUAGAUUGUAAUGUGUAUUACUUCAAAAUGUGGUAAGCCAGCCCUGCUGCAUUUGGGGAACCCUCCUGCUCAUUCUACUGAGUGGGGGGCCCCUGGACAUCUGCCCCAAAGUCCUGCGCUGACGGCACCAUUGCGUGCCCCCUUGCAGCACCUUGAUUAUAAGGUAGUGGCAAUGUUUUAGAUUAGCAAGUGAAAUUGGCUGGGAAAAUGAAUACUGUGUUAACUAUCUGGUAUAAUAAGGCAUCUGUGUCAUGUUGCUGCUUAAGUCAUUAAAUUUGGAAGUGGUUUUAAUUACAGCGGGCAACUGCUGCUCUAAUGAGAAGAACAGAGAGCAAUCUGGAGCUGAUGCCAAGGAGUGGGAACGUUCGGCAGAUUGGAGCGCAUUCCCAGCAAGGAAAAUCCAAAGUGUUUGUGGCUUUUUUUUUUAGUUUGAAAGAGAAAAUGAGAGAAAUGAUUAAAAGGAAGGGCAUGAGAGAAGCUUACCAGGCAAUGUGUGCUAUGGAUAGAAAAUGGUUUCACCCUCUCUCAUUCUACAUUUUAGGGUCAUCCAGUGAAAUUGGUCAGAUGCAGCAAGGGAAUGGGACUUCCGGCCUCGGGCCAAAUGCAGCCCUCCAGGCCUAGAAUCAUAGAAUCAUAGAAUCAUAGAAUCAUAGAGUUGGAAGAGACCACAAGGGCCAUCGAGUCCAACCCCCUGCCAAGCAGGAAACACCAUCAGAGCACUCCUGACAUAUGGUUGUCAAGCCUCUGCUUAAAGACCUCCAAAGAAGGAGACUCCACCACACUCCUUGGCAGCAAAUUCCACUGUCGAACAGCUCUUACUGUCAGGAAGUUCUUCCUAAUGUUUAGGUGGAAUCUUCUUUCUUGUAGUUUGGAUCCAUUGCUCCGUGUCCGCUUCUCUGGAGCAGCAGAAAACAACCUUUCUCCCUCCUCUAUGUGACAUCCUUUUAUAUAUUUGAACAUGGCUAUCAUAUCACCCUUAACCUCCUCUUCUCCAGGCUAAACAUGCCCAGCUCUCUUAGCCGUUCCUCAUAAGGCAUCGUUUCCAGGCCUUUGACCAUUUUGGUUGCCCUCCUCUGGACACGUUCCAGUUUGUCACUGUCCGUCUUGAACUGUGGUGCCCAGAACUGGACACAGUACUCCAGGUGAGGUCUGACCAGAGCAGACUACAGUGGCACUAUUACUUCCCUUGAUCUAGAUGCUAUACUCCUAUUGAUGCAGCCCAGAAUUGCAUUGGCUUUUUUAGCUGCCGCGUCACACUGUUGGCUCAUGUCAAGUUUGUGGUCAACCAAGACUCCUAGAUCCUUUUCACAUGUACUGCUCUCAAGCCAGGUGUCCCCCAUCUUGUAUUUGUGCUUCUCAUUUUGUUUUGCCCAAGUGCAAUACUUUACAUUUCUCCCUGUUAAAAUUCAUCUUGUUUGUUUUGGCCCAGUUCUCUAAUCUGUCAAGGUCGUUUUGAAGUGUGAUCCUGUCCUCUGGGGUGUUAGCCACCCCUCCCAAUUUGGUGUCAUCUGCAAAUUUGAUCAGGAUGCCCUUGAGUCCAUCAUCCAAGUCGUUGAUAAAGAUGUUGAAUAAGACCGGGCCCAAGACAGAACCCUGUGGCACCCCACUAGUCACUCUUCUCCAGGAUGAAGAGGAACCAUUGAUGAGCACCCUUUGGGUUCGGUCAGUCAGCCAGUUACAAAUCCACUGAGUGGUAGCAUAGUCAAGACCACAUUUUACCAGCUUCUUUACAAGAAUAUCAUGAGGCACCUUGUCAAAUGCCUUGCUGAAAUCAAGGUAGGCUACAUCCACUGCGUUCCCUUCAUCCACCAGGCUUGUAAUUCUGUCAAAAACGAGAUCAGGUUAGUCUGACAUGACUUAUUUUUCAGAAAUCCAUGCUGACUAUUGGUGAUCACAGCAUUCCUUUCUAGGUGCUCACAGACUGUUUGCUUAAUGAUCUGCUCCAGAAUCUUCCCUGGUAUUGAUGUCAGACUGACUGGGCGGUAAUUAUUUGGGUCCUCUCUUUUCCCCUUUUUGAAAAUAGGGACAACAUUUGCCCUCCUCCAGUCUGCCGGGACUUUGCCUGUUCUCCAGGAAUUCUCAAAGAUGACUGCCAGUGGUUCUGAGAUCACAUCUGCCAGUUCUUUUAAUACUCUUGGAUGCAGUUCAUCUGGCCCUGGAGACUUGAAUACAUCUAAACUAGCCAAGUAUUCUUGUACUAUCUCCUUAGUUAUUCUGGGCUGUGUUUCCUUUGCUGAAUCAUUUGCUCCAAAUUCUUCAGGUCGGGCAUUGUUUUCUUUAUCGGAGAAGACUGAGGCAAAGAAGGCAUUGAGGAGUUCAGCUCUUUCUGUGUCCCCUGUUUGCAUUUCACCAUCUUCUCCUCUGAGUGACCCCACUUUUUCUUUGUUCUUCCUUUUGCUACGGACAUACCCAUAAAAGCCUUUUUUGUUGCUUUUAACCUCUCUAGCAAGCCUGAGUUCAUUCUGUGCUUUAGCUUUUCUGACUUUGUGUCUACACGUGCUGGCUAUUUGUUUGAAUUCCUCUUUGGUGGUUUCCCCCCUUUUCCAUUUUUUGUACACAUCCUUUUUAAAUCUUAACUCAGUUAAAAGUUCUUUAGAUAGCCACCCUGGCUUCUUUAGGCACCUUCCAUGUUUCCGUCUCAUUGGUAUUGCCUGACGUUGUGCUUUUAGUAUCCCCUCUUAACAAACUCCCAGCCAUCAUGAACUCCCUUUCCCUUUAGUAUUACUGUCCAUGGGAUCUCACCCAGCACUUCCCUAAGUUUUAUGAAGUCAGCUUUCUUAAAGUCAAGAAAUUGAGUCCUAGUAUGCUUGGCUGCUCCUUUCCGCUGUAUAGUAAACUUCAGAAGAGCAUGAUCACUUGCGCCUAAUGAUCCUUCCACUUCUACCCCAGUAACCAGGUCAUCAACAUUGGUUAGGACCAGAUCUAAAAUGGCUGUUCCUCUUGUUGCUUCUCCCACUUUCUGGACAAUGAAGUUGUCUGCAAGGCCAGUGAGGAAUCUGUUUGACCUUAUGCUCUUGGCUGAGUUUGACAUCCAACAAAUAUCCGGGUAAUUGAAGUCCCCCAUUACUACUAUCUCCCUUCCUUUUGCAUGCUUGGCCAUCUGUUCCAGGAAGGCAUCAUCUAUGUCCUCCGUUUGGCUUGGGGAUCUAUAGUAAACUCCCACAAUGAGGUCACUGUUAUUCUUCUCAGCCUCUUUGUCUGCUGCCUGCAACUGUCCCAGGCUGCGCUUUUCCCUGGCCCUGCAUUGUACCCUGUUUUUCUUCUUGCCUAGCUGGAAUGUGUCCUUGAACCCUGAUAACACCUGUUGCUUGUCUAAAUGGAGGAUAGAGAGGGGUGUGUUGGCUACUAUACAAAGAUAGCAUUUAUACUUGUUACUCUGCUGACUUUUGCCUCUGGUCUCGCCCACCACUGGGUGGCCCUCAUAAGGUUGCUCAGGAGGAAAUGUGGCCCUCAGGCUGUGAAAGGUUCCCCAACCUGGGCUUAAAGGUUCUGGCAUGGCAAAAGGAGGUACCGUAUUUUUCGCCCUAUAGGACGCACUUUUUCCCCUCCAAAAAUGAAGGGGAAAUGUGUGUGCGUCCUAUGGGGCGAAUGCAGGCUUUCGCUGAAGCCUGGAGAGCGAGAGGGGUCAGUGCACACCGACCCCUCUCGCUCUCCAGGCUUCAGGAAGCUAUCCACAAGCCUUGCGAGCCCGGCAGGAGUUCCCGCUGGGCUCGCAAGGCUUGCGGGCGGCAGCCUGCAGCCCGAAGCACGGGGCAUGCACCCCAGGCUUCGGGCAGAUAUCGGGCAGACCCACAAGCUUGGGGAACAGUGGGGAGGUGGAGCGCCGCCAUCCCGCUGUUCCCCGACCUGGUUUGGAGCCUGGCAGUGGGGAGAAGCGCGCUUCUCCCCAUCGCCAGCCCCACAAGCUCGGGGGACAGCAGGGAGGCGGAGCGCCGCCAUCCCGCUAUUCCCCGACCUGGUUUGGAGCCUGGCAGUGGGGAGAAGCUGGCUUCUCCCCAUCGCCAGCCCCACAAGCUCAGGGGACAGCGGGGAGGCAGAGCGCUGCCAUCCCGCUGUUCCCCGACCUGGUUUGGAGGCUGCCAGCCCCACAAGCUCGGGGGACAGAUAUCCGCAAGCCUGGGGAGACUGCCGCGACUUCCUGCCGGGCUCCCUAGGCUUGCGGAUAGCAGCCUGUUCUGGGGGCUGGGGUCGGGGGAAGCUCGGGCAUCCCCCGCGCCUGGGGGGGAAAUAAAUUUUUUUUGCUUUAUUUCCCCCCAAAAAAACUAGGUGCGUUCUAUGGGCCGGUGUGUCCUAUGGGGCGAAAAAUACGGUAGUUGAAAAGCAUGGGGGAGAGGAUAGAACCCUGAGGCACCCCACAAGUGAGAGCCCAGGGGUCUGAACACUCAUCUCCCCACCACCACUUUCUGAACAUGGCCCAGGAGGAAGGAGCGGAACCACUGUAUAAUGGUGCCCCCAGCUCCCAGCCCCUCUAGACGGUCCAGAAGGAUGUUAUGGUUGAUGGUAUCAAAAGCCACUGAGAGAUCCAGCAGAACUAGGAAACAGCUCUCCCCUUUGUCCCUAGCCCACCGGAGAUCAUCGACCAGCGCGACCAAGGCAGUUUUAAGUCCCAUGAUGAGGCCCGAAUCCCGAUUGGAAGGGAUCCAAAUGUAGCUCUCUUUUAUAAGUGAAGAAAAAUGUGACAUUCAAAUUAAAGGACUGACACUUCGUAUUUUCUGUUGAGCUAUCCACCAUGACCUCCAAAUCAGUUUUCAGAUUAGUUGCUACUUUAAACCCUGUCAAUGUUUAUAUAUGUGAAAUUGGGAAUUUUUGCUGCAGUGUGCAUCAUGUUACACUUCAUUACCCUACCGUGGCCCAACUAGCAUCUCAUGACUAACCAUAAUCAGUAGGCCAAGAAUAAGCCUUGGCUACAAAUCAGUUUGUUGGGAGUGAAACAAACCACAAUUGUUUCUUCCCACUACAAGCUCAGAGGAGUGAAGUGGGGUAAGGAACCGUUUUCAGCCUGCUGUUUACCUUGCGAUUGGCAGAGGCAAAAGUGAGUGGAGCAACAAACAUAAAUUUUAUACUGUAGGCUAGUUUCUAUACAAGCUCACACUGUCCUCCCUGGACUCCAUCCAGGCAAGCAAGAGGCAUCAACAUUUCAAGGACCCGUUUCCAGUCAAGCUAAUGGAGGAUGCAAAGCAGAAUGGUUGAGGGGUGUGAACCUGAGAGGGUCUCAAGAACCAGACAGAGAAACUAAACUCUACUGGAUUUGAUCAGUCUCCCGCAGCAGAGGAGACCCAUUGACAUUAACUUAGACCUAACUUAGUAAUGUCCAUUAACUUCAGCAGGUCUACUCUGAGUAAAGCUAGCAUAAGAUACAACUCCAUGAAUCCUGAGGGAUGCAUUUCACCCUGUGCUUGUCCCAUGACAGCUUAUCUGCACCUCCAGAUUGGAGGCUGUGUAGCUCUGAAUGCCAGAUGGCUGGAGGGCAAGUUGAAGGGAAAGGCUCUUGCCUCUGGAGGCUCCCAGAACAUGGAGGUGCCUGGCUGGCUGCUGUUGGUCACAGGACGCUGUUGCCUUCUUCAGCGUAUGCAGUCACUUGAUGCCUUUGCAUGUACCAGUGGGCCACCACAAAGCGAACACUUCGUCUCACUUCACCUCAAAAUGCAGGGUUCCUCAACUGAGUCCAGUUCCCGCUUUGAGCAUAGGGAAACAAAGUCCACGGCUUUGUGCACCAGGCUGCUGUGGGGCUCCUGGCCUCAAACCAGAAGGGUGCUUCCAAGGGCCAAAGGAGCUCUAGGACAUAAUGCUGCAAUUUUACAUGAUACAGAACAAGGUUUCUUGAUCCUCUCGUUGCCGCCCCCCCUCCCCUUCACCUUCUGGGAAUGCAAAGACUGCUGUGUUUGUGCACAGAAUGAAAGCCUCUCUCCCUCCACCCGCAGGCAGGCAUUUAUACACUUCCCCGUUAAAGUGCUGCUCCGUACGAUGAUACAUUUAAUUAUAGGUGGCACUGCCUGGCCUGGGUCCAAAGAGAGGCUGUCAGUUCCUCUCUCGUUGUCCACGCUUAGUAGGAUGCCUUCCUCGCGCCCACUGCGUCCCCCUCCCCUCCAUGGCGACUUUGGCUUCCGCCAGAUGUCACACCGCCACUCCCGCCCCAACCUCUCAUUGCUGAUUUUGUGUUGUGUGCGUGCUUGCGCGUUUUGGUGUGGCUGUCACCACUCUUCCCUUCAGCUGUAAAUUCUGAAGGAUUUCACGCUCUUCCUAAUCACUGCAGUUAUUUUAAAUCCAGCAGUAGAGGCAAGAAUCCCACUCCUCAAGUUGGCAUUGUUGUUGCUUUUUAUGCACUCUUGUUUGACUCUUCUUAACCAGCCUUCCCUUAAGCUGAACUUUUUGAAGUGUGCUUUUAGAAAAUAAGCAAAAAAAGGCAGUGUUUUAUUGGGGGGUGGGUCUGCAACGGGGGGAGCUGAUGUGAUUAUGGGAGUUGUCAUCCACAACAGGUUGCCUACCUUGAGUCUAAAAUCCACAUGAGCCUUGGAAUGUUUUGUGCAAGGUGCCCAUAGAUAGGUGACGACUGUAUUUAAUGUACGUUCAAAUUCAUGCUCCGUCACAACACUUGCUGGAACAGCUGUGGUCUUGGCUGGGCCCAUCUCACAGGGUCAUUGUGUGUACCAAAUGAGUCAAAGAUCAUACCACAGUUCCUCCUCCACACCCAGGAAAGGGAGGCCUGGCUCUGGUGUCAGCUCAUACAGAGAUGUCGCCGGUUGCCCUGUCUCAAUGUCUCAGUACUUUGUGCUUGUUGGAUCCUUGAUGAAACUGCUUCUAUUUAUCUGCGCUUCGUUUCUGGGUAAAUGCAGUGGUGUGAUUCCUUCCCAUUUUAUAAAGACAGCAUGCUGAUUUUGCUCUUUGAAAGACUUUGGGCACCACUGGUGCAGAAGAGAGCUUUAUGUGCGACCUGAACAGAACCUUUGAGGAGAAAGGUUGGAACUACAAUUAAGUGUAUAACACAUUAUGACCUGGAGAUGCCCCCCACCCUUCUGUUCUUGGAUGGUUUUAAAAGAGGAUGAGGCAAAUUCAUGAAGGAUAUCAGCGUCUACUAGGCACAAUUGCUGUGUAUUGCACUCCAUCUACUGCUUGAGGCAGUCUCCUUCUGAACACCAGUUGCAGGGGGACAAUGUUGUGCUCAGGUCAUGCUUUCAGGCUUCCCACAAGCAUCCAGUUAACCCCCGUGAGAACAGGAUGCUGGACUAGAUGGGCCAUGUGCCUCAUCAAUCAGUGCUCUUCUUGUGUCCGUAGCAACUAACUUUACCUAGCAGCAAGUUAAGUUUUCUUGCAAGUGUUGUUAGUGUGCCCCAGCACAGUGCCUUAACAGUGGGUGCGUGGAAAGGCAGACAGCCUAAUAGCAGGACCUUGGGUAAACUGAGCUUGUAUUUGGAGUGUGAUGCCACUACAUUCAGUGACUGAUCUCUCUCUUGCAGUGUGUGGUUCCCCUGCAUACACUCACAGCUCUCCCCCCCCCAAAAAAAAACAAAAGUAAGGGAAGAGGGACUAUGACUUUUUAAGGCAAGGGGCUUGAAAUGUCUUCUGCAGUUGCCUGUGUCAAAAAAGCAUUCCCAAGAAAAGUGCUGCACAGCUGCCCGGGUCUAAUUAGUUUGCACAUCAUUUAUGCAUGUAUGCUUUGACAUCUGACACAGACUCGGGUAGAAGUUGGUGUUUAGAAGCCACGUUUGUGGCCCGGAACCCGACUCUCCAAUUACAAGGUAGCUUUGACUUGCCAGCUUCUGCAUGUGCAACAUGCUUAGGCGUAAAUAAGGGGUGUUAACAUGGGCUAAUUAAAUCAAUGUUGUUGGAGCUGGGGAGCAACUUGCAAUCUCGGAAACCCUUCUGACAUUCUUCCGUGUUCUUCUUUUAAAAAAUUCCUUUGCUUGUAUGGAGGUUUCUUUCCUGAUACUUUUAUAAGCAUCCAUCUGGUAGUGUGCAGAGUGGGAACCGGAACUAGAACAGAACAAUCAAAAGCUGUGAUUUGACAUAUUGGAAGUGAAUCCCAGUCAUUCUUUCCCUCAACUUUAUAUAUUUAUUUGAAUAUUUAUAAACCAUGCUUUCAUAUAUAUCGCAAGGUGGAACACAGAAUAAAAACACAGUUUGAAUAGGAAAAUCCUGAAUCAUUAUUACUUGCCUGCUCUGUUCCUGAAUUCUAAAGCAAUUAAAUUGAUCCCUUUUAUUUUAUAUAUCUCUGUCUACUGCUCCAAUUUCGUCUUAAGACGGUACUUAAGAACUGACCUGGACAAUUUGUGGUGGGUGGGGCCCACAAACGUUCUCUGUGACAGCUCAACAGCAGUUUGUAGUUGUCAGCAGAGGUCUUGUCCUUGAUUUUAUUUGAUUUAAUAGUUUUGUAUUACUUAAUGCCUUAGUUUCUAAAUCAUGUACAACAGAAAAUAUUAUGGUUGCAUUCUGUUGGGGGAGCAAUUGAAGACGAUGCUGUGGUGUUUGCAGCUCUUUUGCCUGUGAUGUUAUUCUUGACACAGCGUACUUAGCUGAUGUAUUCAUCCUUAUACAUUGUUGUUGUUUUAAAAAAACUAAAACCAAUGACUAGUUGCACAUUCAUAAAUGUUUGGUCUGAUGACUGCAGAGAGUUGAAUAACAUCAUAAACACAGUUUGGUCCUAAUAUAGUUAGCCCUUUGUGGCACUCUCUUUCGUGCUUUGAAAAAAUGCAGAAUAUUGAGAAGUCAUUCUAUGAUAUCCAGAUCAGUGUUCUAACAGCUUCUUUUGCUUCUUUUACAGACUCCUUAUCAUGUCAACCUCCUGCUGGCAGGCUUUGAUGAGCAAGAUGGGCCUGCCCUUUACUACAUGGAUUACCUGGCCUCUUUGGCUAAAGCUCCCUUUGCAGCCCACGGUUAUGGGGCCUUCCUGACGCUCAGCAUCCUUGAUCGCUACUAUAGACCAGGUAAGCACAUCAAAAUCGUAAAUUAUUGGGGUUGGUAGUAUACCCACCCACGGUUGUAUUUCUAGGCUGCCUUUUAGGGCGUAGCUUUCACAAAACUGUGUACCCAAUAUAAGAUGCAGCAAGUUACAUACCAUAUAAUCAAACACUGUUUGGUCAUAUCACGAAAUACCAUUGGAGACAACAGCUUUAUAAUCAAUACAGUCAAUAUGAAAAAUUAGUUAUGACAAACCGAAGUCCCUCCAGAUAUCAGUGGGAGUAAGGAACAACUAAGUUAGUCUGGAUUUAACCCAUUCCCCCACACUAUAAUAGGAACCUCAUCACUCGCAGCAUGGCCAUCCUUGAUGGUACAGGCAAAUGAGGCAGCCUGCCUUAGCUAGGGAAGCACCCUGAGGAAAGAGAGAUUUAUUUGCUUUUUCAGCUCAUAGCUCAAAUGCAGAUUGUAACCUGAGUUCAGAUUUCUGGUGUCCAAGAAUCUGGGAGAUGAUGUGUUGCUUCUGUUUCUGUUUCUGUUGCUGAAAUAUUACCCUUCAUAUGGGUGUCACAGAGCAGUUUGCAGUAUUAAAAAAAUAAUCAGGCCACAAUAUGAUAGGAGCAGCUGGUGCAGUAGAGUGGUAGUGCAGAGCUGUCCUCCUAGCACCGGCAUUGCUCCCACUAACGGUGAAGAUGCAGGGCAGUAGCAAGGUCAGCCCAGUGCUGGAGCUUUGUAGGAGCCAAUCUAGUGCUCCUGCCAGUGUGCCCACACAGUCCUGACCUUGCCAUCACCCCAGUGCCAUCCCAGUAAGUUGUGGCAGCACUGGUGUUGCAAGGGCACCUUUGCAGCAUCACCCCAGCAACAACGUAUGAUCGUUAAGUUACAGAAAUUUUAUGGAUCUUCUGUUGACUCUUGAUUAUCAGGCAUGCAAUGAGAUUUGUUUGGGUAGGUAGUGGCAAAAUUUGAAUUUGCCUGGAACACCAAAAAUCUCUGGAUCAGUCUUGAUAAGGAGGCAAGAAGAGAUGCAGUGGUCGGAUCUUCCUAACAGCCGAAACCCUUUCCUAGCCCCCUCCCUGGCUUUUCAGUCUUCUAUGGAUGCUACCAGUAUUCAUUUCCAAACUGCAUGAGGGCUAGAAGCUCAGAUUUUCUAAAAUCCAGAUAUCAGGUACUUCUGUGAUGAGUGUGCAGAUGCACAAACACAUACAAUCUUUUGAUGAGGGUUUCAGUAUCUCCUCCUUGGCAGUUAAUAGAAUUUGAGUGGUUCUGAUACUAAUUUGCUCCCCCAACUUAACACCACUUUACUACGACUUUUGAUGUUGAAUGUUUUCUUAUUUCCACUUGAUAUCUUAAGAUGCUUGAUUUUAGUAUUUGAUAGUGUUUGAUGGUUGACAUGCAGUUGUAUUUAGUAUCUGACUUUAUUCAUUUAUUUCAUUUAAAGCAUUUGUACGCUUGAGCUUUUCCUCAAGCUGGAGGAAACAAAAUCAAGCUCUCAUUUAAAACAAACAAACAAAAAAAACCCAAUUGCACAGUGCUGAAGACCAACAGAUUGCCCUGGAGAUCAUUGUCAUUGAUCUCUGCAACAUCUGAAGUGGUAAAGAGAAUGGCCAUUUAGCUAGUGGUUAACCUGCAGUAGCGCAGAAUGUUUUGUGAGAGUGGACAGUUGUUACAUAGCCGAUGCCUGUAAAGGAAGCAAGUUUAAUGCACUCUAAUUCCAAAACUUUGAGUUAGAAUUUUGCAAUCAUGCUGUAGAUCUGAAUCUGAAGAUAAGAAGAGCCCUGCGGGAUCAAGCCCAAAGGCCUAACUGCUCCAGCAUCCGGUCCUUACAACGGCCAGCCAGAUGCCUUUAUGGGAAGCCUGCAAGCGGGACAUGAUUGCAAAUGCAACUCUUCCCUCUGCAGUUCCCAGCAACUGACAAUUACUUACUUCCUCUAACAGCGGAGGCAGCUUUGUAUUCAAACUUCAGAGGGCAAAAUGGAAAUUCUGACAAACUUUGAAAAUAGUUGCUAAUAUUUUAAUGUUUUUAGAUGCACUACAUGUUUUAGAUUUUUUUAAUACGUUUUUAUUUUAUUUUAAAUUGCCUUGUCUUAAUAUGUUGAUGUUUGCCACCUUGGACUCCUUUGGGAAGAAGGGUGGGAUACAAAUUUAAUAAAUAAAUAAUAUUUGUGACCAGCUGUUGAUUGGAGACCAGCCUUGAAGAAGCAGGAAGUGUGCAAAUUCUGCCUUUUGAUUCUCUGCUUCCUUAAAAUUUCAUUUUAAAUGGGUCUCCUUCCACUUACCCCCCAUGAUUGGUGGCAGCAGAAUUAUGUCCCCCCCAGCCUAACAUGUUGACAGUUUGCUGUCUCUUUCCCGCCCACCCCACCCAAAAGCAUGGGCAAACCAUUUCUUCUAAUGUGUGAGAAGAGCUGGGGCACUUCUCACACGUGCCAUUUCCAUUGUUAAAAAUCAGUACCCAACAGGGAACGUAGCACUUAAAGGCCAGCCCUCCUGACCUCCCCUCUACACAUGCACACACACACUCCUUUGAGUGAUUUGCAACCGGCUGUGGACAGAUGGAGCUGAUUUAAUGUGGUAAUAAGCUCAAGAAGGCUGAGGUGGCCCAGCUCUUCCAGCGCCUGAGCCCCUGGCCGUGGGAGGCAGGACUCUGCCCGGCUUCCCGUUAGGGUGGAACAAAUCGAUUUUUGACGGCUCGUUGGGCAAGGGAGCUGGGCCACAGGUGAUCCUUCAUACAUGUGGAACGAGUUUUCUCAGAGCUGGGAAAGAGCCUUUCGUUCCUUUGUGCACAACUGAAAAGCUGUUCGGACUUCAUCAGAGAGAUUUUUAGGAGGCCAGGAGACUUGGCGACUAAUUAAAGCUGUCUGUGGUGCUCUCUUUUCCUCCUGCAGGUAUCACCCGUGAAGAAGCAUUGGAGGUUCUCAAGAAAUGUCUGGAGGAGGUGAGUGACCUGCCUUGCCCAGGAGACUAAUGUUUGGUUGCCUUUGUUUGGCCAGUGAUUUAACUCUCCCCCUUCCUUCUCCUGCUACAUCUCCCCCGCUAAAAAAAUUAUUCUUGCCACAAGGGGAAAUAAAUACAGAGCAGCCAGAUGUGAAAUUGGUUAGUGGAGAAUAAGCAUUCCUUGCUCUCCCCACCCCAACCUUCUUAGUUUACUUCAUGGUUAGGUAGUAAAGUUUAGAAUUAUUGACAUUUUAAAUUUCUGGUUCUUCCACAAUUAAUAUUGAUAAUCCAUCCUUCUGCCCCUUUUGGGGGAGGUUUUGCUCUUUGUCCAAUUCAUACAUUUAAUGGUAUCAUCAUUACUUUAAAUUAGAGGAAGAAAACUUUUAUCAGCCUGAGAGCCACAUUUCCUUCUGAACAACCUUCCAGGGGCGACAGAUCUGCAUUAGAGUUACUAUAUUGAUCAUUGAUUCUAACAUGCACCUCUUAAUGUAAGAGAUGCACAAAGGCAGGCAACUAGUACCCAUAUUUUACAGGUGAGGAGCACUGAAGCUAAGAGAUAAGUGAUUAGUGUAAGGUGAGCAAUGGCAUGGAUCCCAACCCCUCCAGCAAAAAAAAAAUCCGUUCGGGUGACAUUCAUGUAAGGGUUGAGAAUGGACAAUUUUGAGACCUGUUGUUUGCCUGAGUGGCUGAGGGAAAGGAGAGAAGAUGGGGACAGGAGCCAUUAUUCUGAAGUCUGUUGUUUGCCCCUUCUCCUUGAGAGUGAGGACGUUCCGUGUGGUAUUGCCCUCCUUCUGGGUUAAUGGCCCUAAAUACAAAUUUAUGGUAAUAAAAUGUCUAUUUAUUUACUUGUUAAUGCUUUAAUUAUUGGAAGUCCAAAAUCACAUGGUGAUCUCUGCCUGCCUUCUGCCUCUCCCCGCAAUAGAUGAUAGCUCCCUAAGAAUAGGAGUAAACUUUCACAGGGAACAUUUUGCUCAAACUUUUUGGAUUUCUUAGUUGGGUGCUUGUUAUUGCCAGCUGCUCACGCAGAGGAAAUGAGACAGUGCUGGGCUGCUGAGAGUUCUUGCAAACAUUUAGGUGACUUUCUAAAAACAUUUAACGUAAACACAACUCUUGUUUCCCACAGCUUCAGAAACGCUUCAUCCUGAACUUGCCUUCAUUCAAUGCUCGAUUCAUCGAUAAAGAUGGCAUCCACGAUGUGACUAAUAUACCACUCUUGACAGCAGAGGCUUAAAUGCCCAGACUUUCCUCUUCCUGCCUCCAUUUGGCUUUUUUUGUUUUUUACUUGUUUGAAAUCCAGAGUUCAUUUACUGCACUUUUGCAAAUACAAAUAAAGAUCUUCUGUUAU